AUGAACAAAAUCUCUCCAGACCACUUCUGUCAGGAAGGUUGUGUAAAUUUGAUGUCCCUUCUAGAACACAAAAAAGGGAAUUGUAGAGAAUCCAAAUCCAAGAACUGAAGAUCAAAUACAAUGUCUGAUCAAGGAGCACGGGUAUCACGUGAAAGAACAGAGCCACAGAUUAUCGUUGAAGGUGGCUUAUACAACGCAUUGCUCGACAAAAAGGGUUGGCUACAAAGUUACGUGAAAGGAGCAGAAGAAGCAGCUAAAGCAGGAUAUGAAAUUUUAAAGAAAAACGGCACAGCCGUUGAUGCGGUUGAAGCGGCAGUUCGUUCCAUGGAGGAAAAGGAAUAUUUUAACGCAGGUCGUGGUUCCUUUGUGAAUCAAGAUGGAAACGUUGAAUGCGAUGCAAUGAUUAUGGAAGGUCAUUCAUUAGACACAGGUGCAGUGAUGGCAGUACGCUAUUUUGAUCAUCCUGUGUCACUCUCCAGAAAAAUUUUGGAUGAUCGUCAAUUGGGACAUUGCGCCUUAUCGGGAGAAGGAGCUCUGAAAUAUGCACGGGAAAAAGGAUUCCCUAUCUUAGAUCCUAAGAAACUUAUCGUACCAGGUGAAGAAGACAGGAUAAAGGUGGUAUACUACAAGGAUUGUGUCCCACCAAGUGUUGAUUCAGUAACAGCUGUUGCUUUAGACUGCAAAGGCAAUUUGGCGUGUGCUAUGUCGACAGGUGGUACACCAGGGAAAUACAAAGGUCGUGUCGGUGAUGUACCUCUCAUUGGCUGCGGAGGUUACGCAAACAAACAUGGUGCAGUAACUGCAUGUGGGCAUGGAGAGUCGAUAAUAAAAACGACCUUAGCAAAAGAAGUUGUUAACAACAUAGAAAGAGGAGACAAUGCUAUGACGGCUGCUGAAAGUGCUAUACAAAAAAUGAAAUCAGCAAAUAGAGGUGUGGAGCAGUUCGUUGGAGUAAUCGGGAUUGAUGAAAAAGGUAACAUUGGAAUAAAAACCAAUGUUGAUCACAUGCCUUGGGCAUGUGUUAAAAACGGGGAGGUGAAAUCAGGCUCAGUUCCGAAAGACGACUUUAAUUAGGAGGUAAAGCUUGUAAUUAACAACAAAAUAUCGCCGAGCACAAAACAUUUCCAUUUCACUUGAAAACAAUCGCUUUUUAUAACAAGUAGAAUAUGAUAUUUCACUCUGGUAUAAUUUCAUAACAAUAAAACACCAGCUUAUGCACUAUACUAUAAUCGCCUUUUCUAAUACAUAUACAUAUAAAGUGAAAAUGUCAAAUUGUUGUGUUGUUGUACUGCAAUAUUCUGUAUUUUGUCAUAUUUAGUACGUUGUUCGAAUAGUGCAACGUUUGCACGGUAUUUAGAACAGUCCAAUUCUAAUACUAAUUCCGCUCGGAGAUUAGGAAUUACACCCUGAACCUGGUA